CUCAUGUGCUGCCGCGGGGUUUGCUGGGAAGGUAGCCGUAGUCCGGUAACCUUUAAGGCGUUGGAGGGAAGGAUUUGGAUCUAAAUAACCGGUCCGGGAUGUGGUUCGAGAUUGUCCCGGGACUGCUCAUCAUGGGCACGUGCCUGGUCAUUCCUGGAGUGGCCACUGCUUACAUCCAGAAGUACACUAACGGAGGCAAGGAGAAAAGGGUAACCUAUUUUCCUUAUCACUGGGCUAUGAUGGAAAGAGAUAGACGAAUCUCUGGAGUCAACCGUUACUAUGUGUCCAAGGGCUUGGAGAACAUUGAUUAAGGAAGCAGUUUCCUGAUCGAUGCAAAAUGAGUCACAGUCGUCAGCUCUUGCUAAAAGAUUAUCCAUUAUACUAUGUAAUGCUUAACAAAAAUAAAUAUAAGAAGCAUAAUAUCAGAAGCA